CAGGUGAGGGCGAGAGCGAAAGCAGGUGAAAGGCGAGUGGAUGUACUGUAUAUAAAAGACAGGAUUUCCAUUUCGGACCAUAGUUUGGAAGGAUCUACUUCAGGGCUUGAUGUUUGAUAGCAAGAUGCAGACCCGAGGUCACCUAGUGGCUCUUCUGUCCCUCUUCUGCUGGGCAGGCGCUGAUGUCGUGUCCCGCUUUGAGGACGUGCCUGAAUGCCUGGAAUACUUCCACGAAGGCAUGGUUCCUAAAUGGGGGGCUAGCCCCCAAAAUGUUGCCCACCUCUGCCAAAGGUUUGGCAACAGGUACCACUUUGCUACGCUGUAUGACACCCACCACCGGAUCGCAGUGUACUCGGCCUACCUCUUCCAGGAUAGUAACGGAGGAGGCAGAGAGAAGCGCUGGUUUGUUGAGCCUCAGCUGGUGGACCCGUCCUGGCAGGCAGAGAUGAAGGACGGCUACUGGCUGGGGAAGGACUACCCAGGGGUGUACCAGGGGGAGAGACAGGCCCUGAACGAGGACUACACGCACUCUGGCUACGACCGGGGACACCUCAACCCUAACGGACACCAUGCAGUCCCUGGCCGUAACGCCACCUUCACCCUGACCAACGUGGUCCCCCAGAACCCCAAGCUGAACCAGAACGAGUGGAGGAUCCACGAGAGCCAGCUCACCGAGCUGUUCCGGGCCAGGUGCUCGCGGGCCUACGUGCUGGUGGGCGCUGUGCCCUCCGCCGACAACUGGAUUGUCAAGAACAACGUCAACCGCGUCAACAUCCCCGACUAUCUGUGGAACGCAUACUGCUGCGUGGACAACAACGGAAAAGCCAUCGAGAGCGGUGGCGCCUCCGCCAGGAACACGGAGGGCAACUGGGUGGAGAGGCACACUCUGGAUGAGCUGGACGAGUUCCUUCAGCAGUUCACCAACCAGCCAGUAGGGGAGCUGUUUCACAACAACUGCAGAUGAUUUAUAUUUUUUUACUGACCCAAUGAAAAGGUUUCGCUAUUGGCUCAAAUUGGUUGCAUGUAAUACCGCUUGCCAUAGUUAGUGAUUACUACGGAAAAUAUCCCAGCAUGGAUGGCAUGGUUUGUCUUCUCUGAAACAUUAUCAAUGUUCAUCAAACAUAAGAAAUAUGUUUGCACCUUGUAUAUUUGGUCAAUUUUUGUUUGCACACAAAAGCUAAUAUUUUAAUAUUAGAUGUAUUAAAUGAGUUGUGCAAAUGGAUAUAACCCCAAUGAUGAAAGAAAGUUUAAUGAAUCCAAUCAAAUCCAGUCAACAGGAAACUAAAUGUAUUAAAAAUGUAUUCAGUUAUACACAAACAUUGAUGGAAUCAAUGUUUUCAAUGUGUAAGGGUUCAAAAUGUGCCCUUACAGUCAUAAAAAUGUAAACAAUUGAUCAGAUAACCCCACUCAGUAACAGUCGUCUGUUCUACAAGCCUUCAAAGUACCUAAAAGCUAUAGUAACCUCUCUAAUCCCUCAGCUGUCUACCAGAAAACAAAUUAAACUAAAAAAGAACUGACUCUGUACGUCAUGCUCUUUCAUUCACCACUUUAUAGCUAUACAGAAUAUUGCAACAUGUAUGAAAUACAAUAAAUGAAGAGCACUAAGACAAAAAAACAAAUCCUGAGCAUGUUCAGUAUAAAAUAGUAUCAACACUGUGGUAUGGAUUACAAUAGUCCCUUUUCCUAGAGGUGUCACCAUAGGACAUACACAGGCGUCACUCAUAACACAAAUUAUUGGUCUGUUAUAGGGCGUAUAGACUUAUCUUCACUCAGCUUCCAUUUGCUUUGUCUUUUUGGUGACACUUGUUUCACUCUGCAUGAAAGCUGGAGAAAGAUGCUAACCCUUUUGUCAGGCCAAUCGGGUGGUGCUUAAUCUGUGAUUGGGUAGUUGGGCGGAAUAGAGGAGCUAGAGCACGAGCUACACCGGUAAAACAACGCAUUUGGUCAGACUAAUCCUGAACUGAGCUUCUUUCUUGGCAAAACAUACUAACUCCAGCUUUCACAGUGUUCACCGGUGACAUCAUGUAUUUCAAUCAGUAAUUGUUUUUGACGCUGUAUUUACGAACGUAUAUAAAACAAUUUCACACAAA